AUGAAUGAUUCUGAAGUUCGAGCUGUCCAACAAGUUUGUUUCGAAGUUGAGUGUAUGCGCUGCCUGUCAUCAUCAAAUCGUCGCUUGUUCUACGAUCCGAAGAAUCCUAAGCUCCUUUCUGAUGAAGAAAUCAAUGAACUUUCACCAGCAGAAUGUGAUGCAGCUUGUCUACAAGUUGAUCAGAUUCUCGUUUCACUUCUUCAGAACAUCGAUGCCAACUUUGGACGAACCCAUCGUACUAUCACUCAUAAAAUCUUACCAGAGGUGGAGCGUUAUGGUGAAGCAAGUAGAGGGAUAUGGGAAGGCCUCAAAUUCUGGCAACACUUCUUUGAGGCUUCUGCAAAUGUUCAACUGUCAGGUUACGACGACGACGAGACGGAAACCUCCAAACUGACCGAAGACGAAAGGCGCGAUGAAUCUUUACAAAACGACCUGGCUUCAGAAGAUGUUUCGCAGGACGUACCCCCAUCACCCAACGAAGAUCAGGACCUAUCAUCAAGCUCCCUUGUUCGUAUUUGCUUUUGCUAUGAACAUCCCUAUAUGAAGUAUCAGUAUUCAACCCAGUCCUGA